UACUAAAGGAGAGAGACCAGUUACUUAAGGAGAGAGACCAGUUACAGAGUGAGAGAGACCAGUUACAGAGUGAGAGAGACCAGUCAGAGAAAACAGAUGACAAAAUACAGUUACAGGAGCGUAAUAAUGCCCUGACUAAAGACAGGGACAUGUUGAGAGACAGGGUCAGUGUUCUGACCAAUGAGAAGGUGGCGCUGGAGAAGAGGCUCUCUGUGAGUGAGCAAAAUAUUUGUCCAAAAAUCUGCAAUUGUUGUCCGGAGGGUUGGAGGCUGUUGGGAUCCAGCUGUUACUUCCUGUCGACUCACAGGAAAACCUGGGAAGAGAGCAGACUGGAUUGUAUGAACAGAGGAGCAGACCUGAUGAUCAUAAACAGCGAGGAGGAACGAAAGUUUCUCUGUGGCCUCAACAAGAUUGUCUGGAUUGGUCUGACUGACUCCGAUACUGGGAGGACACGGAAAUGGAUGCGUGGCACACCACUGACCACGGCAAGCUAUUGGAGGAGUGGAGGCCCUUAUGGUGGUGGAGUGGAGAACUGUGUGGUGGUACGUUACUGGUCAUCAGGAUACAGAGAAGGGUGGAACUAUCAGUGUUCAUAUCCACAGUUCUGGAUGUGUGAAAAAGGCCCCUUGUAGGUACUGCUGUUUAAGGAACUCUGAAGACGGAUUCUAUAUUUUGUUAGAAUGGCACUCUGAACUAGACGUUGGAAAGAAAGGCACACACACACACACACACACACACACACACACACACACACACACACACACACACACACACACACACACACACACACACACACACAUACAAGCAUGAACACAUACAAAACAAAUGAGGUAUAUAUCACCCAAUAGCUGCUGUCAAUGUUUAAAUGUAGGGUUCAUUAUGUAUCAUUGCAUGUAGGCUGUACACAAUUCUCUCUCUCUACCUCUACCUUUCUCAUGUUGAUGGUUGUUUACACUGUUGAAAGGUUACGUGAUGAUUCCACCUAGUGGUUAACGUGAGAGAUGGACUCACCAUAGAGUUGAAAAAGUGGUAUUACAGACUGGCCUACUGGCUUUUCCUCAAUUCAUCCUUCAUCGAUUACUCCUCGCAUCCUCUCUCCUCGCCUCCUUCUCAAAACACAUUGGAGAAUACAUUCCUCGGGGAGGGACCUUCUCCUCUAAUAGGGGUGAGGAGGAGAGGAUUUUAUGUUAAGAUUUAGAUGAGUGUGUAGACACACCACACUCUAAAAUGCUUGCACUCAUUGUUUUUAUUAGCAACAUGUCAUGUGAUUUGCCAUGCUUCCGCUAAGUUCAUUAAUCAUUUUUCUCUAUUUUUUUCAUGAUCGAUUAUUAUCAUCAAUCCCUUUUAUAAUGAGAAGAACAAAGGCACAGAUUAAUAAAUAAAUGAACAAUGUCCCCUGACGUCUACCAGCUUCCUGAUUGAAUGUGAUUGGAUCGUUUAAGUGUGACCUGCAGUUGGACACAGACGACAGAACAGGACUUAGAGGACACACACUGUGUGCAGGCAGAGACGCACACUGUGAAGUUCCCCUUUUAAACCUCUGAUAAAGAUGCAGACAGAUUUCUUACACACACUUCUGCAUAUUUUCUCACACUGAUGUCACACAUACACACAGCAUAGAUAGGACAAAAGGCCCCUAUAUGGCCAUCGAUGGCCAGUCACGGAGUGCAAGCCAUAACGUGUCUUCCUUAUGAACAACAACACAAGCAGGACUCGCAAAAUAUGACGUACAGACAGACAUCAGAGAGGUACCAGUGGAGACACACAUCAGAGUAACUACUCAACUACUAGUAAUCAUACAGUAGAUAUUACCAUUAGGAGUCAGUUAGAAAGGUAAUCAUACAGUAGAUUUUACCAUGAGGAGUCACUUCCCCAAGUAGACCAGGAAGUUUCUCAGGAAUCAGAAAAAAAGGUGAAAAGAAGUAAAAGAAGGUGACCAGCUACAGACCAAUUACAACAACAUGACUGAGGAGAGGCCAGCUGCUGACCAAUUACAACAACCUGACUGAGGAGAGGCCAGCUGCUGACCAAUUACAACAACAUGACUGAGGAGAGGCCAGCUGCUGACCAAUUACAACAACCUGACUGAGGAGAGGCCAGCUGCUGACCAAUUACAACAACCUGACUGAGGAGAGGCCAGCUGCUGACCAAUUACAACAACAUGACUGAGGAGAGGCCAGCUGCUGACCAAUUACAACAACCUGACUGAGGAGAGGCCAGCUGCUGACCAAUUACAACAACAUGACUGAGGAGAGGCCAGCUGCUGACCAAUUACAACAACCUGACUGAGGAGAGGCCAGCUGCUGACCAAUUACAACAACCUGACUGAGGAGAGGCCAGCUGCUGACCAAUUACAACAACCUGACUGAGGAGAGAGAACAGCUACAGACCAAUUACAACAACCUGACUGAGGAGAGGCCAGCUGCUGACCAAUUACAACAACAUGACUGAGGAGAGGCCAGCUACUGACCAAUUACAACAACCUGACUGAGGAGAGGCCAGCUGCUGACCAAUUACAACAACCUGACUGAGGAGAGGCCAGCUGCUGACCAAUUACAACAACAUGACUGAGGAGAGGCCAGCUGCUGACCAAUUACAACAAUCUGACUGAGGAGAGGCCAGCUGCUGACCAAUUACAACAACCUGACUGAGGAGAGGCCAGCUGCUGACCAAUUACAACAACCUGACUGAGGAGAGGCCAGCUGCUGACCAAUUACAACAACAUGACUGAGGAGAGGCCAGCUGCUGACCAAUUACGACAACAUGACUGAGGAGAGAGAUCAGUUACAGACCAGUAACAACAACCUGACUGAGGAGAAUGACCAGCUACAGACCAGUUCCAGCAACCUGAUUAAAGAGAGAGACCGGCU